UCCCGAUCUUGAGUCGCCGCAAGAUUCGAUUCCCUCGAGAUUCGAUUCUGCUUUUUCUCCCUUUUCAACGUUCCCUUUUCAUGUAUUUUUAUUAGUUUUCUUCUGGAUCAAACAAGAGAGUUCAGCUCAAGAACAGUCCUGUUCGAUCUCAAUAACACCCAUUUCGCAUUUAAUUUUGCAAUUUCUCCAUCGGAAGGCUGUGUGAGAAUUUCCCAGUGCCACCAUUCAAUGACGAUUUCUUCGGGUGAAAACUCAUCGGACAGCACAUCUCCUCUUGCUAGACUUGCUCCUCUAGAAGCUAUACUUUUCGAUGUUGAUGGAACUCUUUGUGAUUCAGAUCCCUUUCACUACCAAGCUUAUUGUGAAUUGCUUCCACAGAUUGGUUUCAAUGAUGGUAAACCAAUUACUGAGGAAUAUUAUAUUAAAUAUAUUUCUGGGAAGCAUAAUGAAGACAUGGCUACAUUCUUUUUCCCCGAUGAUCACCAACGAGGGCUAAAACUAACAGAAGAUAAGGAAGCUUUAUUUCGAAGAUUGGCAAAGGAUAAACUGAAGCCUGUGAAAGGGCUGUACAAAUUGAAGAAAUGGGUUGAAGAUCAUGGUUUGAAACGGGCAGCUGUCACUAAUGCUCCUAGAGAAAAUGCUGAACUGAUGAUCUCGACACUUGGCCUUUCUGAUUUCUUUGAUGUUGUUAUUCUUGGGAGUGAAUGUGAACAUGCAAAACCCUUCCCGGAUCCCUACUUGAAGGCUCUUGAUGUGCUCAAGGUGUCAAAGGACCACACCUUCAUAUUCGAGGAUUCUGUUUCUGGAAUUAAAGCCGGUGUAGCAGCAGGGAUGCCGGUUGUUGGCUUGACAACUGGAAAUCCCGAGCAUUUGCUGAUGGAAGCGAAGCCGGCAUUUCUCAUAAAGGAUUUUGAAGAUCCAAAGUUAUGGGCUGCACUCAACGAGCUUGAUCGAAAGGCUGGCUCAGCUUGAAACCAUUUCCAGUGGCAGUGAGCUUGGCCUGUUGGAAACCAUUGAGCCAAAUCAUUGUAGAGUUUCUGGUUUCUUCCAUAGAGUGGUCGGAGGAUGAAUUUUGUAACAUUUUCAUAUGUUUCUGGGUAUGCUCUCAUGAAUUAGUUCCUAGUACAAAUUUGAAAACAUGUUACGAGAUAAGAGAGAAACUGAAGUAUUUGAUUAUCUAUAUGAUGAGAUCUGGAUGAUGUGGUCAGUUCUAUAUAUAUGAGAAACUGAAGCAUUGAUUGA